GGGGCUUGAAGAGCCUCACUGCUUAUCUCGUUAUACUUAUAGAGAGGUGACCUGGUUUCAGCACCGCGGCUCGUCAACAGCUCCACUGCACAGCGGAGAUUUGGCCAACCCAUCCCCGCCCGGUGCGUCUGACAGAGCGGGUACCUAAGGUGCACUCUCCGCGGCAGUUUCAGCGCCGGCGGACGGCUGGAGCGGAGCGGAGCUGUCCACACAUUCAGCACUUUUCUCCUGGAGGAGAGAACCAGACCACGGGGAGAGAUCUUUCUCCUGGACACUCCGACAAAGCUUAUUUCAGGAUGGCGUCUAAAUACGUUGGCCUUUUCGUCCUUUUCCAGCUUCUAGCCCUGAAUGUAGUGAGCCAGAUAUCUGCCUUCCCCACACCUACAGCUUCAACGGAUGAUAAAACUGUGUACAAUAGACAGUUGACAGAAGAGAGACCACUACAAGAGCAGAUCGCUGAGGCAGACAGCGUGAAGGCUGCAGUCCAGUCAGCUGAGAGCAGACGUCCUGCUGCCGCCAAGGACACAGAGCCAGAGCAGGACAGUGAUGACUUGACUGUGCUCAAGUCGCUGGCUGAGGGCCAGAAAUCAAAGGGGAACGCUGAAGUACCAGUCAAGAAGGAGGAUCAGUACGUCCCUGAUGAAUCAGAUUCCACCAAGAGCCGACGUCUGGCUGAGGACUACGACUCCACCAAGAACGGGAUGGACGACGGCAAGUACCAGGAUGACCCAGAGAGCUUCCGUCAGGUGGACGGCACUCCGCUCACAGCAGAGGACAUCGUCCAGAAGAUUGCAAACAAGAUCUACGAGGAGGAUGACAGAGGGGUGUUCGACAGGAUCGUCUCCAAACUGCUCAAACUGGGGCUGAUCACUGAUAGUCAGGCAGAUACUCUGGAGUACCAGGUGGCCGAGGCUCUCCAGGAUCUCAUCACCAAAAACGCCAAGAACAACGAGAUUGAGGACCUUGAGACCAACGACCGAGACACCGGGGGAGAGCAGGACGACCAGGGCUCAGACGCAAACACGGACACAUGGGAGCCACCCAGGCGCCGCUACAACGAAGACGAGGAGGAUGAGGAAGAAGAUGACGACGUGAUUGAGGACGAGGUGGACAGGGAUGCUGAAGAAGACGGGGGCGACGCAGCAGACAACACCUGGGACAAAGAUACAGAGGAAGGCAACGAGGUGAGCCCGGAGGACGGGCUCCAGGACCUGCAGUACUUCCCCAACUUCUACCGUCUGCUCAGGAGCCUCAACUCAGAUCAAGACACUCAGGAGAGGGAGACGCUGAUCACCAUCAUGAAGACGCUGAUUGACUUUGUGAAGAUGAUGGUGAAGUACGGCACCAUCACGCCAGAGGAGGGAGUGUCCUAUCUUGAGAACCUGGAUGCUAUGAUAGCCAUGCAGACCAAGAACAAGCUGGGCAAGUCUCUCGGGCCGCCUGACUUCGCUGGACUCACCGGGAAAAACCUGGAUGAGGAUGAUAACACCAAGGCUGAGGCCGCCAAGAUGCAGAAGGAAUAUGAGAACCUGAAAGACUCAACCAAGGAGCAGCCAUCAGCUGAGACCAAUGGGCCCGGCAAAUCAGAGACUUAUCUGGAGGCCAUCAGGAAGAACAUUGAGUGGCUGAAGAAACACAACAAAGAAGAAGGCAAAGAUGAUUAUGACCUGUCCAAGCUGAAGGACUUCAUGGACCAGCAGGUGGACUCCUACAUCGAGAAGGGCAUCAUCGCCAAGGACGAAGGCGACACCAUCAAGAGGAUCUACAGCAGCCUGUAACGCUACCAUCUAUCCUCCAACCCACCUCUGGCUUAAAACACAGGACUGAAUUUGACACUAAGAUCUCCAACAAAACCCUGACUACUUACAGUUAUUUCCCAUGGCAUGGUAAAGUAUAUACUGUGUAUUCAAAACUACCUGCUUAAGGGAACUUGUUCACCCUGCCAGACAUUCCCAACAUGUAUCAAGAAAAGGGAUUUAAUAAUACUAUCAACAAAACAGUAGUUAUUCCUUACAGCUCCCUUAACUGAUUAUAUUUGCACGCCGAGAUCGCAGAGUAAUAAUCUCUAGACUUAUUGAGAGAAAUCUAAAUAUUUUAUGUAACAAACUCACACACAAGCAUUUACUCCAACCCAACUCCUGUGAGAAAUGAAUGUUAUGAGAGUAUUAUGCUGUAGCUUUGUCAUCAACUACUGUUUUCAAAACAUUUUUUUUUUUUUGCAACAAAAUACACAUAUAUCAAAUCGUACUCAUUAUGUGUAACCUGUCUUAGCCUAUUAUCUUUUAUUUUUUUUCCAGUAUAUAUGUAAGAUCUUAAUGUAUUCUUGCUUUUUAUUUACCAAAAAUAUAUUUGUUGUGUAUCAUGUCAGUGCCCUCCGUACUCCUAUGUUCUCUUCUUCUGCUGUAAUUCUUGGGGCCCACUAGGGGGAGAUGUCUGUAUCAUCUACUCUGCAUGUCUCUGUGAGUUCAACAUUUACAUCUCUGUAGAGACGCAAGAUGAAGUAUUUUUAAAUGUAAAUAUUUGUGAUUUUUUCCUAAUAUGUAAA